AGUCGACUCCGAUCUCUCGAGCGGAGCGCACGUAGUAUACACGAUUCGCUCUGACUUUUAGUUGUAUACAUACAGUCUUGAAAUUAUACACACCCACACACGGACGCGCGACUUAAUAUCACGUGCGGUGCGGUCGCGGGUGUCUCGAGUAUCAUAAACAUAAAUAAACAACGCGUAUAGACGGGCUUCGCACACAUUUACACGCUGUAACGAUGCAAGUCGAUCCGUUGUCAUCUAUCGCGGUGAGAUCGUAGACCAUAAUAAAAAAAAGCGCGUCCGAAACGUACACAAACGAGUCCGUCUAGAUGUCAAAAUUUCAAGAAUUCCUUGGCUCGCUACGCAAGGAGGCCUUAGUUUUUCCGGCUGUCGCCGCUGCCACUGCUACCGCUGCUCUGCCUGCUGCUGCUGCGGUGCUGCAUCAACGGGAGUCGAAUAAUAACAUAAACGACGACGACGACGAGACUGAGAGCAGUACCGACAAGAACCACAACAACAACAAUAACAAUAACAACAUAGCAGUGGUGGCUCAAAAGAAUCCGAGAAAAGCUAUCGAGAUAGCUUGGGGCUCAGCGGUAAUGGAGCUUCAAAGUUGGCUACUCUAUCACCUCGUAGCCGUUGACUGUAAUCAAGUGAUGCAGUCAGCGGCCACUGCUCAAUCGGCUUAUCAAAUGGGUCCAUCGUCGACCAUCGGUCCUUCCUCGAGCAUGAAUGGCAGCAGCAACGGGACUAACGGAAGCAGCAGCAGCAACAGCAGAGCGCGAGAUCUGGGCCUGAGGGCGCAGAAGAAGAUCCUGGGCAAGUUCGCCGGGUCGAACGCGGGUCGGGCGCUCUUCAUCGACGACGCCACCGCCUUCAUGCUCGACAAUCUGUACAAGCUCAUGGACAAGGCCGCUCGAGCCAGUCCGCAGCUCGACAAAAAGCAGCCGGAGAAGGUGCUGAAGAACAUAGUCAAAUUGUCGAUAAAGAUCGGACUGUUGCACAAGAAUCAGCAGCUCGGGCCGAGCGACACGGCCAACAUCGAGGCGGUGCGUCGGGCCCUCCACUCCUGCGCCAUGACCGUCCUGUCCUUCUACGAGCUCGAGUUCAGCUUCGAUCGGGCCUUCCUCUGCCGGUCCUUCGAACGUUGCCGUAGGGCCGUGCACGACCUCGUCAGGCCCCACUUGACCGACAAGUCGCACGAGCGCUGCGAUCAGGUCUUCGACUUUCUCGGCCAUCCGGACUUUCUCGAUCGGGUCUUCGCCCAGGACAGCGAGCUCAGGCCGAUACUGGCCCUCCUCGUGCAGGACCUCAACAAGGCGCUGGAGAACGGCCAGCUGUGAAUCGAACGAUUGGAUGCCUGGCACCUGGCCUUUGGGUGCGUUUCCUAUACAGUAUUUCGCGAUUGACGAAAAAUAAAAAGAGAGAUCGUGUCACCGGAAGAUUCGAGAGUUCCUUUACGAUGAAUACUCUUUGAGUUUGUGGCACAAAAAAAACAGCAACAAGCCUAGCCGGAUUCUGCAUGUCUGUCGUUCGUUUGCGCACAAAUUACAUGCCGGAGAGAAUGUGUAUAGCUUUAUAAAAACAAGUUUAGUUUCGGUGUGUGAGUGUGUAAAGGACCUAAAAAAAAAUGAGUAAAAUAAGUUAUUACAGUAGAAACCCGAUUAACAAAAAAAAAA